AUGUCUGCUGAAGAAGAUCUCAUCGACUACUCUGACGAGGAGCUUCAGGCCACUGAAACGCCCGCCGCGGGUGCGACAAAUGGAGCCUCGAAGAAAGGCGACUUGACUGUCAGCGGUGGAAAAGCAGGAGACAAGGGCAAAGGCAGUUAUGUCGGCAUCCAUUCAACGGGUUUCCGAGACUUCCUGCUCAAGGGCGAACUGCUGCGAGCAAUCACCGACUGCGGUUUCGAACAUCCAUCGGAGGUCCAACAAAAGUGUAUCCCUCAAGCUCUUCUGAGCGUCGACAUUUUGUGUCAAGCCAAGUCAGGUCUUGGUAAGACUGCCGUCUUCGUCUUGACAACCUUGCAUCAGCUUGAGCCGGUCCCCGGAGAGUGUUCAGUCCUGGUUAUGUGCCACACUCGAGAACUUGCCUAUCAAAUCAAGAAUGAGUACGCGCGAUUCAGCAAGUAUCUUCCAGACGUGAAGACUGCCGUCUUCUAUGGUGGUACUCCUAUCCAGAAGGACAUCGAGCUUCUCAAGAACAAGGAGUCCUUCCCAAACAUCAUUGUCGGUACUCCUGGACGAUUGAAUGCUCUCGUCCGCGACAAGGUCCUAUCCUUGCGGAGUGUCAAGUGCUUCGUUCUCGACGAAUGCGACAAGAUGCUAGACCAGAUCGAUAUGCGUCGUGACGUUCAGGAAAUCUUCCGUUCUACCCCAACCGAGAAACAAGUCAUGAUGUUCAGCGCCACGCUUCCCAAGGAUAUCCGACCAAUCUGCCGAAAGUUCAUGAGGAAUCCCCUUGAGGUCUUUGUGGACGAUGAAACCAAACUCACUUUGCAUGGUCUCCAGCAAUACUCGAUCCGUCUUAGUGAAGGCGAGAAGAACCGAAAGCUCAAUGACCUUCUCGACAGUCUUGAGUUCAACCAAGUUAUUAUCUUUGUCAAGAGCACCAUUCGAGCAACUGAACUUGAUAAAUUGCUUCGCGAAUGCAAUUUCCCCAGCAUUGCAGUUCACUCUGGCGUCAGCCAAGAGGAACGGAUCAAACGAUACAAAGAGUUCAAAGAGUUCAACAAACGUAUUUGCGUUGCAACCGACGUUUUUGGUCGUGGUAUCGAUAUCGAGCGUAUCAAUUUGGCAAUCAACUACGAUUUGCCUCCCGACGCCGAUUCUUAUUUGCAUCGUGUGGGUCGCGCCGGUCGAUUCGGUACCAAGGGUCUCAGUAUCUCCUUCGUCGCUAGCGAGGAAGACGAGAAGGUGCUGCAGCAAAUCGAAGAGCGCUUCCAGGCCAAGGUUCCUCCAUACCCUGAAGGCGGUGUCGACUCCAGCACCUACAUGGCGUCUUAA